UGUAACGAUAUUUUUCUGAUUGCCCAAAGAAACAUCUCACCAGUCACCUCUAUAUUGAAUAGACGACCGACCUCUGCUCUGAGAGUAAGAUUGAGUGAAUCAACGGGGUUAUCGAUCUGCCGCGAACAAUUUUCUUGAAGAUCUACAAUUACAAACAACAACAACACUAUAGCAAAAUCAUCCCUUUCCAAGGUAAACCCUAGAUCUCUACUUGAUCAAUAAAUGGUGGUAAACUUUCUUUCCCUUAUUUUCUAAAUGGGGAAACCAUUGUUCUACGAGAUCCUUGAAAAACCCGCCACUAGUUGUAUUAUAGGAUUAUGCACUUUAAUUUGGUUCUACAUACACAAGAAGAACAUCGGGUAUUCUCAUGUGGGUUUGAGUUAUGAAACGGCUGUCGAAGGUCACCAUUGGAGGAUCAUAACCUCUGCAUUUUCGCAUAUAAGUGUUCUUCAUCUUGUUUUCAAUAUGAGUGCACUUUGGAGCCUUGGAGUUGUUGAGCAAUUAGGGCAUAUGGGUUUAGGAGUGGGUUAUUAUCUUCAUUACUCGAUUGUUUUGGUAGUGUUAUCUGGUUUGCUAGUUUUGGGAAGCUACCAUGUUCUUAUCAAUCGAUUCAAAUUUGAGUAUUUCAGAAGAGUUACUGCUGUUGGGUAUUCUUGUGUUGUUUUUGGAUGGAUGACGAUUCUUUCAGUGAGGCAACCUUCAUCAAAAUUGAAUCUUUUUGGGUUUCUUUCACUUCCCAUUAGUUUUGCCCCUUUUGAAUCGCUUAUAUUUACUUCAAUCAUUGUUCCACAAGCAAGUUUUCUAGGGCAUUUAUCUGGGAUUAUUAUCGGGUAUUCGAUUGCUUGGGGUUUGAUCCAUGGAAUGAAUAAUUAUUGGGCUGUUUCUAUGGUGGGAUGGAUUUUGAUUGUUUUUGGUAUCAGUUUGAAGCAAUCGGGUGCUUAUGAUUUUCAGUUUCUUGAAAUUGAAUCUGUUACAGAUCCUUGUUUACCUGGUAAUGGCAGGAUGUUGCAAAUGAGCUCUCUUUUGGAUGCUCGUGAUGAACUUGUAUAGUGAUUGUGAAAGAGGCAUGUAAUGAUUUCUUGACAAAUUUCUGAUUUUAUUAUAAUCUUUUAUGUUAGUUUCGUAUAUGUGGUUAAAGAUGUAGUCUUUGUUGGCUUUUGAUAUUGUGGAACUUUGGUUAAUGACAAGUUUUAGGUGAAAAUGUUUGGUUUAAA